AUGAGUGUAGAAGAUGGUGGUGUGCGAGGCUUGGGCCGUCCCAAACAGGCCCGCUGGAUCCUGAUGCUCCUCCUGUCCACUGCUAUGUAUGGUGCCCAUGCCCCGUUGCUGGCGCUGUGCCAUGUGGAUGGCCGAGUGCCCUUCCGGCCCUCCUCUGCUGUGCUGCUGACUGAGCUGACCAAGCUGCUGUUAUGCGCCUUCUCCUUCCUGGUGGGCUGGCAAGUGUGGCCCCAAGGGGCUCCACCCUGGCGCCAGGCUGCUCCCUUCGCACUAUCAGCCCUGCUCUAUGGCGCUAACAACAACCUGGUGAUCUAUCUUCAGCGUUACAUGGACCCCAGCACCUACCAGGUGCUGAGCAAUCUUAAGAUUGGAAGCACGGCCCUGUUAUACUGCCUCUGCCUCCAGCACCGCCUCUCUGCACGCCAGGGGUUAGCACUGCUGCUGCUGAUGGCCGCAGGGGCCUGCUAUGCUGCAGGUGGCCUACAGGACCUCAGGAACACCCUUCCUGGUCUCCAUCCAGCAGCUGCUGCCAGCCCCAUGCCCCUGCGUAUCACUCCGUUGGGACUGCUACUCCUCAUCCUGUACUGCCUCAUCUCAGGCUUGUCAUCCGUGUACACAGAACUGCUCAUGAAGAGACAGCAGCUGCCCCUAGCUCUUCAGAAUCUCUUCCUCUACACUUUUGGUGUGCUCCUAAACCUGUGUCUGCAUGCAGGUGCCGGCCCUGGGCCAGGCUUCCUGGAGGGUUUCUCAGGAUGGGCAGCACUGGUGGUGCUGAGCCAGGCACUAAAUGGACUACUCAUGUCAGCUGUCAUGAAGCACGGCAGCAGCAUCACACGCCUUUUUGUUGUGUCCUGCUCACUGGUGGUCAAUGCCGUGCUCUCAGCAGCCCUGCUGCGGCUACAACUCACAGCCACCUUCUUCUUGGCCACACUGCUCAUUGGCCUGGCUGUGCACCUGUACUAUGGCAGUCGCUAGCCCCUGACCACCCUGACUCCAGACCCUGUAGAUUGGGCACAACCAUUGAAGCCACCUCCCAGGCCUCGCCUCUCCUGUCAGUAGCCCUGUAACAAGUGCCUUGUGAGAAAAGCUGGGGAAGUGAGAGCAGCCAGGUUAGUCUCUGGAGGUGGGCAGAUGAAGGAUACCCCUAGGAGACAUGAAGAAUGGGUUUGGUUAGGGAAACUCUUAACCACCUCCUUCCCCCAGUUCUUUCAGACUAAGGAAUUAAGGGAGCAUCAAUACUUAGGCCUGAGAAAUGACCUCAUCACUCAUGGUGGAGGCUUCUGCCUAUCCUGGAGAAACACAGUUGCACAAAGUGGGGUGUGGGUGGCAGGUGGCUUUUCUUGCCUACUGUGGUCACCCCAGUAAACUCACUGGCCCCAGGCCUGGUGCAGGCUGCUGCAGCCUAGCAGUGAUGCAUGACUCCCCCAUAAGGGGUACUCACCCCCCACUGUCAUGCAGGAAGACCCAAUUGCCACAGAUUAUACCACCACCACCCAGGCCACUCUGCUAAUCUCCCCCAGUUCCAGCAGUGCCUGGAGACCUUCCCCCUGCAACCACAGUGCUGCUCCCCAGAUACAGCCUUUUUUCCUGGAAACUCCAGGGAGGGCUGGGGCUUGACUCAUCUCAGGGAAUGUUGCCCCUGGGCUCUGGCUUAAGCCUACACUCCUGACCUCUCUGCUUGCCCCAAGGGCCCUCUUGAAACUCACUGCCCCCUCUAAGGCUUCUUCCCACUCUGGGUCCUGCCCCUGCCUAGCAGUGUCCCAGCUCCCAACAGCCUGGGGAAGCUUUACAGAGUGACCUGGGACCAGGUACUUCUAUAGCUCAAUCAGUGUCUCUAACUGUAAGCAAUAAGGUCUUAAUAAAGUGUUCUAGCAUGUAGGGUAGGUCCUACAACUGGC